AUGGAAGUGCGACAAGCCACUCAUGACGAGAUGUGGUUUAAAGUUGCCGGUAAACAUUUGAAAGUUUCUGUUGAGGAGUUCGCACUCGCUAGCGGGUUGACGUGCCAAGGUGAUGAUAACAUCAAUAAAAGAAAAGGGAAACUAGAAUGUCUCUCUCUUAACAUCAGCUAUUGUGUUUUCAUACAGAGAAUAGCUUUGGUAUACUUUGUCGUGGCUAUUAUAGAGACCCUCACCACCAAGCUCAGACCAACAGUUCUAAACCCCGGUUAUCUCUCCAUUUUCACCGCCUACAAAUGGCAAUGGUUUGGAGGGUUUGUUGCGUUUGUUAUAUACAUGGUGACAGCAUUCGCUUUAUAUGUUCCUGACUGGAGCUUCGUCGUGCACCAUAAGCUUGGAGCUGAGAAAUACACUGUGAAAUGUGGAAUGCGAGGGCAUUUUGGACCUGCCUGCAAUGCAGUUGGUUAUGUGGAUAGACAAGUCUGGGGUAUUAAUCACCUCUACUCGCAACCCGUCUGGUCGCGAUUAAAGGUCAGAGUUCAGAAAGACCACAUAACAGAUUCAUAUACAACAAUUCAAAAUAAGUUUGUUUUAUUAUAAAUUCCUUUCUUUUCUUCUUCUUUUCUUGGUUUCAUAUGUUGAUAUUUAG